AUGAGAGCUUUGACAGUUCAGAGAGUGAGGUUUGCCAUGGGUCUACCUCUGUUAAAACGUGCAGUUCAGGAUCUGGCACAAAAAACAAAGAAUUUUGUCAGCCGAAGCCUCGUCCUAGGAGAAGUUCUCUCCAUGGCGGACAGCUCCACAGGUGUUCGAUGUGGAAUAGUUUAUUGGCUAUUUGGUGGUGCUAUCAGGAAUGUCGGAAGCCCUGAACAUGUUACUAAGUGGUUUUAGCCUCUCCAGGAGCAGAAAUACACUGGGAUGUUUGCAAUGACCGAGAGGGGCCAUGGGAGCAAUGUGAGAGGGAUCCAGACCGAAGCCACCGUUGACCUCUCUGCCCAGGAGUUUGUAAUUGACACACCGUGUGAAAAUGCCGAGAAGAUGUAUAUUGGAAAUGCCAUGUACGGGAAUUACGCAGCCGUCUUUGCCCAGCUCAUCGUAGAUGGAAGAUCUCAAGGGCCCCACUGUUUCAUCGUUCUUGUCCGGGAUGAAAAUGGAAGCUUGUACCCAGGAGUGACAGCUAUUGAUAGGAUGUACAAGGAGGGUCUGCAUGGUGUGGACAAUGGGAUGGUAAUAUUUGACAAGGUUCGGAUACCCAGGGAGAACCUGCUGGAUAAGUUUGGUUCCGUGGCUCCAGACGGACAGUACCAUUCCCCUAUGAGGAACAAGAUCGCAAGAUUCAGUGCCAUGCUGGCAGCACUGACCCCUUCGAGAUUAGCUGUGGCUUUCCAAGCUAUGGGCGCCAUGAAGCUUGGGUUGACGAUAGCCGUUCGCUGUAGCCAUAGUCGGAGGCAGUUUGGGCCCAAAACCAAGGAGGAGGUGAAGAUCGUUGAGCACCAAACGCAGACCCUGUGGCUGAUGCCCCCCCUGGCCACAGCCUUGGCCCUGACCUUCGUCAGCAGGUAUACCGGGGCCCUCGUGGAUGAGGAUGUCUUCCAGGGAAAGGAGCUGGUCAACAGUCACUCACUGCAGGCUCUGGUGGCGGCGCUGAAGGCCUACAGCACCUGGGAGAACAUCUGCUGCCUGCAGGACUGCCGCAAGUGCAUGGGUGGAAGUGUUGUGGGGCGGGAACUGCUGGCCCAAUACACCAAACAGUAUGAAGAAAAACCACUCUUUGGUCUGCUCCAAAACUGGGCUGAAUCUGUGGGGGACAAGCUGAGAACAAGUUUCCUGGCAUUUAACAUGGACACAGUUGAUGAUCUUGCCUUUCUGUUGAAAGCAGUGAAAUUUCGUGAAAGGGUUCUUCAGUGGGGUUUGGUGACCAGAAUUUAUUAUAAGGUAAAGAUACAUGGUACCAAGAAGGAGGAUUUUUUCCAUGCCUGGAACUCGUGUCUGCACCACGUGGCUUCUCUGUCCCUGGCACACACUCACCGAGUUACCUUAGAGCAGUUCUCCCUGGCAGUGAAGAGCUGUCCUGACCAAGAGGACCAGACUUUGUUAAUGAAGUUUUGUCUGUUGUAUGGAACCAAGUUGGUGUUUCAGGAGCGGGCCUGGUAUUUAGAACAUAAAUACUUGACUCCCGUGGCCAGCCUGAGGAUCAGGAAUCAGUUGCUGGAUGUGUGCGACUCGGGGAAGGAUGAUGCCCUGAGGGUGAUCCCCGCCUUUAACAUUCCACACACCAACCUCCACGCACCAAUCGCCGGAAUCUCCAACCCGCGGUUCGCGUGGGCUUUCUACCCUGCACCGCUGCAGCCGCUGCCACGGGAAGGGGCGCGCUCCCAGCGGCCCAAGCUGGGAGCCAAGCUCUAACGGGUGUGGCGGGAAGUGUGGUGACCCGCCUGCAGCUGCCACGACGCUCGCUCCACUGACGCCCGGAGCUGUGGCCGAGGCCGGGGG